AUGCCUUCCACUUCAUCUGGACGUAUCACAAAGUCCCGAAAGGGCAAAUACUCAACACCACAUCAAAAGAACCACCGAUGGGAGUCCUUCGCGACCAAGGUCUCCAAACUACACUCGCUCGAUCCCCUACGAAAGGUCCGCCGACAUGAUCUCGACGAAGAAGACCUCGAAGCGACCACCUCAUACUUCCGGACCGGCCUGCAGAAAUGGGGCGAGCUCAAUGUCUCAAAAGCCUUUAGUGAUUUCAAGAGGGUGGUCUUGCCGCUGAGUGAGAGUCUUCCCCAGAUUCUGCACUUCGAGAAGGACAUCUUCGAGGCGCUCGAGACGUCGAUUGCGAAACAAGACAAGGAUGCCUUGGAGCCUGUCUUGGACCUCCUGACAGCUUUUGCGCACGAUAUUGGUACCAGAUUCGAAAAGUACUAUGCCAAGUCUCUGGAUCUCAUUAUCGCCAUCGCCGCCAGACCGCAGGAUGCCGAUGUUAUUGAGUGGACCUUUGCCGCUCUCGCCUUCUUGUUCAAAUAUCUUUCGAAGCUACUGGUCCCGGAUUUGCGACCGACGUACGAUGUCAUGAUACCACUCCUGGGAAAGGCGCGCCACCCUCCUCAUAUUGCCCGUUUUGCCGCCGAGGCGUUGAGCUUUCUCAUUAAAAAGGCAGCAGCACCAGCGAACCGGGAGACCGCUCUCGUCGCCAUCGUUGAACACGCAAGGAACGACCUUCGAAGUACUGUCGGCGACCGUCAGUUCCAACUAUACCAGGAUGGUCUCAUGACUAUGUUCGCCGAGGCGAUCAAGGGCCCAGGACAGACCAUCCACUCGACUGGACCGGCCAUCUUCACGACACUCAUGAAAGCCAUCCCCGAAACCGAGUCAGACCUCACGCCGACGGCGACCUGGACCGAUCUUGUUUGCGGUGUCCUGACCAGCAUCAUCCACCACUCCAACGAUAAGGACCUUGCGCUGGUCCUCGAAGCGAUCCAAGACCAUGUGCAGGCAGCGUUGGCCGAGUCUAAGCCAAGCAAGACAUGGCGUUAUGUGCCUUUAGUCAGGGUUCUCGGUACGGCUGCGGGAGUCCGGAGAGGAUCUCGCGUCAGCAACUGGCCCGUACUCGUCCAAAACCUGACAGCGAUGCUGGAUGCGAUGGCACAGAACUCCCCAGAGGCAACGGAGGAUAAAUUGAGCCUGAUAUGGAAGCAUGUCGUUGUCAACGCCGCGAUCGUCUGGCACCAGGCGCCGAUUGACGCCCUAAUCCCGUGUAUCAAGGACUUCAUGACAGCUCUUCAGAGGGAGAAACUCAUGAGAUGGUAUAUUCCGUUCUGUGCCUACUUCUCCGAGUUGGAUUCACAACGAUUCCGAAGUUUGUUCCAGACCUAUUUCCAGAGGUUCAUUGUCAGCCACUGGUCCGACGGUCGAAACGAGGAUAUGCUGUGCGUUUUCUUACCGCGCAUGGUCAAGUCAGGCAGUCUGCCCUCGCCAGGGGGCAAGGAGACCUGCAAUCUUCCGCGCAGCUGGCAGGACCAGAUUGUGUCAAAGUUCGAGCGCCUCGAAGCGUCACCCUUCCCCGAACGCGGAGCCUAUGACAAGGAUCCCCAAACAUGGCGGGAUAGAUGUCUGCCCAAAUACUCAGCACUUCUAGACCUCCUUUACUCUACGACAGUUCACCCAUCGGCAAGCGCCAAGAUCGCGGAACUCCUACUUAGAAAGUUGAGACUUGCACUGAAACCAUCGUCCACGUUGGCGUCGGAUGAGGUUCACUUCAGCGUCAGCCAGGGUUUUCAUGCGUACCUUCGCAUGAGCAAGGCGGCUGGUCCGGUGGAUUCGGCUCUCAGCCCGCUUCUUCGGGCUGCCGUGCCUCGGUUCAGCCGUUCAGUUGGCUUCCUGGAGGCCUAUCUUGAGUACGCUGAAGCAACAAAGAACCAGCUGCCGUCGGUCGACCGCCAAAGCAGCGACAGCAGCGAGGGCUCUGGAGAGGAAGAUCCUGUCGUUCAGGCACUAAUCGAGAACCUCUCUGCCUCUUCUCAUGAGCUUCGUCUCGCUUCUCUUAAGAUUCUUCAGCAAAUCGAGUCGACGCCCGAUGAGCUCUCCUGCCACACCCUUAUGCUGGAUAUUGAGCAGACACCUAUGGAGCUUUCCACGAUGAGAAAUGUUGCUAUGCAUCUGCGCAAGCUUGGUCAAACUUACUCUCAGUUGAGCAAAAACUCCUGGCUCUUGAAGGCAAUCCCUUCCUUCAUGUUCGGCAUGUUGACAGUCAAACUUUCACCUUUGUGGGACGAUACCAUUACCGCUCUGAAGCUGGUUGGAGAAUCCAAGACGGGUGCGGAGGCUAUUUCAGAUAUGGCUUUCGACUGGCUGGAGACGCCCUCGCCCAGGUGGUCGGGUCCCGGAAGCCAACCAUCGCUCCAGGGCAGGGAACCCGUCACUGACUUCGACUGCACCCACUUAAAGAAGCUCUGGAGGAUGGCAGAUGAGGUUGAGCCUGUGGUCAACAACGCGGUAGAUCUCAUGCUCCAAGCUUUUGACGAGCAGCAGCAGACCGUAGAGGCCCACGCGACCAACGCCCGAGCCCAGGCAAUCAAGGUCUUUACUGCUAUGCCUUCGUCUGCUGAGAAACACUCGCGUAAGCUGGUGCCCUUUUUCUUGCCUUGGGCUCUUGAUGAGGAUGAUGCAUCUGACGCCCAGGACGAUGAGGAGCCUCAGUCCAAUGGAGAGGACUGGUCACUUCAGGACCGCAAGGCACUCGUUGGUGUCUUUGCUCUGUUUGUCAACCCGAAGUCUCUGUAUCAGAACGAGAAAGUGUACCGUGCCCUUCUCCACCUCAUGGAGAAUGGUGAUAUCGAGGUACAGGAGCAGGCACUGAAGGCUAUCCUCGCCUGGAAGCAAAAGGGAGUCACACCUUACAAGGAAAACUUGGAGUACCUCCUCGACGAAGCCAGAUUCAAGAACGAGGUUACCGUCUUUCUGCAAAGCGACGAAGUCAUUCGACCUGAGCACCGGGCCGAGCUCAUGCCUGUGCUUCUGAGACUCUUAUACGGAAGAACCAUCUCUAAAAAGGGAGCUGCCAGUGGCCGUCAUGGUCUGCUGGCUACUCGUCUGACCGUUCUGAGAAACCUGAGUGUAGAGGACAUGGGAAGUUUCUUGGACAUCGCGACUGGCAGCCUGAGGAACGCUCGCGUUAUUGAUGAGUCUGGUUUCCGCUCCAGCUUGUUCGAUCGGGAAAUUCUCCCUCCUCGCAAGCAAGUCGGUUUCAUGAACAUGAUGCUGCCCCUGAUCAACGAGCUCGGCGCUCAUGUUGGGCCUUAUGUCGAGAGACUUUUGCAUCCCAUUCUGUACUGCUUGAUCUCCGCUUGCCGGCGACUCCGGGACACGGCGAUUCAGGAGGAUGAUGAGGACGAAGAACCCACUGAGGCGUCUCAGGAGUCGCUGUACAAAGACAUCCGCCAGACCGGCUUGAAGUGUAUCAUUUCCCUGUUCCGCAAUGCGCAGGAUUUCAACUGGUCGCCGUACUCGGAACCUAUCGUCAACGAGGUCGUUGUCCCCAGGACCGAGAAGUUGCCUAUUGAGACCGCCCAGUCGAUUUCUGGUAUUAUGCAGCUGCUUUGGACGUGGUCCCAGCUUCCUAAGGCUGCGUUAUUCUUGUCAAUCAACAGCCAGAUUCUACCGAAGGUUAUCGAGUGCGUUUCGGUGCCGAAGGCCAAGGAAAACGUCAAAGUGUUCGCCCUCAGCAUCGUCCGCAACCUCUUUAAGCUGGCACAGGCUCCUGCCGAGGAGUCCGAGUUCAAUGAACUUAUCCGCGUCGAACUCAUUGACGCGAACAUGGAGCUGAUCUUGAGGACAAUUACCACUGCACUUGAGGCGGAGAUGGGCAAUGAGCUGUUGGAAGCUUGCAUUGAAACCAUUGUCGAGCUUUCUCCUAUGGUUGAAACCUCUCAGAACGUCCAGCAAACUCUGGAUAUCUCAACUAAGCUUCUCAACCAGCCCGCACGCAAGGUCAGCCCCAAAGCCAAGGGCAGGAUUCUGCUCAUUCUUGAGCGUUUCAUCAACAUCCUGGGUGCUUCCGAGGCGGAGGACACGACUGCCAACAUCGCUAUCUACGAGACUCUGGCUUCCCUUUUCAGCUACUUCAAAGACAGAGAGAACAGGACGUCUCUGGCUCGCGUUCUUACGGCUCUUGCCGCCAAGGAUGCCACUAUCCAGGAAGUUGCCGAGCUUUGCAGCGCCCUCAAUGCGUUUGCACCGGACCGCAUUGAUGAGCCGGACUAUGACAAGAGACUCAAGGCCUUCACCCAGAUUACAAACAAGGAGACGCCGUUUACUCCCAAACAGUGGCUCGCGCUCCUGCACAACUUGAUCUUCUUCAUUCGUAGUGAUGAGGAAUACGGCAUCCUUGCGUCAAACUCUGCAGACGGUCUCCGGAAGUUCAUCAGCGAGGUAGCGGCGUGCCAAGAAGAAGCCUCGAAGGCAGCGUUUGACAAACAAAUGAGGGACAUUGUACUCAAGUCCAUCUACUCCGGAGCUGGCGAGGAGUCGGCUACUGUCAGACGUGAGUAUCUGAGAGUGUUUGGGUACCUCAUAUACCAGAUGCCCACGUGGGAACCUGUGGCGGAUUUGAAGGGCUUCCUUGGCGGCGAUAUUGACGAGGACACCACCGAACUGCCUUUCUUCUUCAACAUUCUCAGCCCUGCCACGUCCCGUCAAUUGGAAGCUAUCCGAUUCCUCGAGACUGCCAACGAGGUCCACGAAAUCAGCAGCCAGAAUCUGGGCAAGUUCUUCAUUCCGCUGCUGGAGCAUUUCAUCUUCGGCCGCGCAUAUGGCACCGACGACCAAGGUUUGGGCGCCCAGGCGACAAUCACGAUUGCGAACUUGGCCCUGUCCCUUGACUGGAAGACCUACCGUGUGAUCCUUCAGAGAUAUAUCAGCUUCGUGGAGUCUAAGCCUGAUCUGCCGAAGCAGGUGAACAAGCUGCUCGGAAAAUUCAGCGAUGCUCUCGUCGUCUCCGUGGAAUCAAAGGCCACUGACGUUGAGCCCAUGCAAGUGGAUGGCUCUGAGGCUGCCUCCCCCUCCAACUUGAGACUUGCUCGCACCGUUCCCGCACAGGCGAAGCUCAGCACCGAUGUUGGCAACCUCUUCCUUCCUACCUUGAUCAAGCACUUGCACGAGAAGGAUGAAUCUGAGGUCAGCUAUCGUGUGCCUGUCGGUGUCAUCAUCGUCAAGCUCAUGAAGAUCCUCCCAUCUGAGGAGAUGGGCCAGAAGCUUGCUGGCGUACUCACAGACAUCUGCCACAUUCUCCGCAGCAAGUCUUGGGAAGCCCGUGAGAUGGCCAGAGAUACUCUGGUGCAAAUCGCUUCCGUUCUGGGCCCGACCUACUUUGGUUUCAUUCUGAAGGAACUUCGCGGCGCGCUCAAGCGAGGUUACCAGCUGCACGUUCUCUCAUACACCCUUCACUCCAUGUUGCUCAGAGUCAUCCCGGAAUUUGAGCAGGGUGAUCUCGACUACACUCUCUGGUCUAUCGUGGCGGUUAUCAUUGAUGACAUCUUCGGUGCUGCCGGUCAAGAAAAGGAUGCUGAGGGAUACGUCAGUGAAAUGAAGGAGGUCAAGGCAAGCAAGUCUCAAGAUUCCAUGGAGUUGAUUGCCAAGUCUGCCUCCAUCAGCCAACUCGUCGCACUCGUGCAUCCACUGCAAUCUCUUCUCCUGCAAAAGGUCGACCUCAAGCUGGUCCGCAAGAUCGAUGCGUUGUUGGCCAGAAUCACCGCUGGUCUGCUGCAAAACCCUGCAGCACAGAGCCGUGACACACUGGUGUUCUGCUACGAGGUCAUCCAAGAAGUCUACAAGAGCAAGCAGCCCGAGAAAGCACCGAGGAUCGACCCGCGCCUCAAGAAGUAUCUCUACCAGAAGGGCGUGAAGAAGGACAACCACGGCACCGCGGGCAAGUACACAUACAAGCUGGUCAAGUUCGCCUUCGACAUUCUGCGGGCCGCCUGGAAGAAGCAUGACAGUCUGCGCACUGCAGCGAACAUCACUGGUUUCGUCCCCAUCAUUGGUGACGCUGUCGUAGGCGGCGAGGACGACGUCAAGGUUGCAGCUUUCAAGCUGCUCAGUGUCCUGGUCAGAGUUCCUUUCAACAACGAGGACGAUGAGAAGUUGUUCAAGGUCGCCACCAGGGAGGCCUCCAAGAGCAUUUCAAUGUCAACAUCUACGACUACAGACCUCUCCCAGGCUGCGCUGAAGUUCCUUUCAGUCAUUCUCCGGGAGCGCAAGGACAUUCCCGUUAAGGAGGCAGCCAUCGACAUGCUGCUCGGCAAGCUCAAGGACGACCUUACCGAGCCUCUCUACCGCCACGUCACUUUCAACUUCCUGCGCUCCGUCCUUGAGCGCAAGAUCGAGACUGCCGUUGUUUACGAUACCAUGGACUACGUCGGUACCGUCAUGAUCACCAACGAUGACCAGAACACGCGAGACUUGGCGAGAGGAGCCUUCUUCCAGUUCCUCAGGGACUACCCACAGAGAAAGGCGCGCUGGGUGAAGCAGCUCAACUUCAUCGUUGCCAACUUGACCUACGAGCGAGAGGGCGGUCGUCUGUCCGUCAUGGAGGUCGUCCAUCUUCUGUUGACGAAGUCGGCAGAUGAUUUCGUGCAAGAAGCCAUCGCCACGUGUUUCCUGCCCCUGGUCAUGGUGCUGGCCAACGACGACAGCGAGAAGUGCUGCCUCGCUGCCGGCGAGGUGCUCAAGGAGAUGUUCCGCAAGGCUGACAAGGAGCGGAUGCAGAACUUCAUGACGCUUCUGCGUUCGUGGAUUGAGCAGGAGGACAACGCAGCUGUUACGAAGCUGGCUCUCCAGGCAUUCGGGUUCUUCUUCGAGGCCAGGGAGCCUUCAACCAAGCACAAGAAGGAGCUGGACUUGGUUCUUGGCAAGAUCGGGGAGAUUGUCGGGACUGGCGAUAUCCGCGUCGCUGACGAGGAUUUGAUGAACACCGUCCUCCAUGACGUGCAGGUCCUGACAGAGAGAUACCCCGAGAGACUCCUCGGUUCGGAAUCUCGGGACCUCUGGGCCGACAUCCGCGGAUGCUUCACGCAUCCUGACAACUCCGUCAAGUUGAGCACCGCCAAAGUUCUGAGUGCCUUCCUCGCCGACUACGCCAGCAAGGCUGCCAAGGCGGGAGAGACGCUCAAGGGGUCUCACGGACUGGACCUUGAUUGCGAGGAUGUCGAGGAGCUGGUGAGGUUGACCAUGUACGCCUUGAGAACUCCCGAGAUCGAAGAUACCCUUGCCACGGAACUCACCCAGAUCCUGGUAUUCUUGGGCCCCCGUCUGCCCGUCAAGGUGCAAAACGUACCGGAAGCCGAGACCCUUGGAGACAGAGACGAGCAGGAAGCCGAGGAGGACAGAAUCGAGGAGCACCGCAAGGACCUCCAGUACCUCUUCUGGAAGCUCUCCUCCCUCCUGCGCAAGGACGUCCGGCCCAAGUCAAGCGCCAUCACCCCCAAGGUCGUCGCUAUGGAGGUCUUGGAGACGAUUUGCCGUCGCGUGCCUCAGGAGCACCUCGAGCCCUCGUUCAAGACCAUCCUGUACCCCCUGCAGAACCUGACGGACCCCAACAUCCCCGUGCCCUUCUCGAACGACGAGCAGUUCAAGGCCAAGCUGGAUGGACUGAAGAACAGGGCACAAAUCCUCAUGGACUCUCUGCAGAAGAAGUUCGGCACGGCCGAAUACACCAAGACGUUGUUAGAGAUCAGGGAGGAGGUGCGCGAGAGGAGACAGCAGAGGUCGAGCAAGCGCAAGAUCGAGGCGAUUGCGCAGCCGGAGAAGUACGGCAGGGACAAGAGGAAGAAGACGGAAAAGAAGAAGGAAAAGAAGAAGGUCCGCAGCGCCGAGCACAGGGCGGCCAGGACGGCGUACAAGGGGUGGUAA